UCCAAUUAUAUCAAUGUAUCUCUCAUGUGACAAAUGUCCGAGAGUUCUCGCCAUUACUCUCAGACCCCUCACCUUCACUCCCUUCCUCUUCCUCAUCUUCUCAGCCACAGAGGGUUGAACCCACCGCCUCCAGAAUCUACUCCAAACCCCCAAAUUUUAUCCCAAACCCAAAGAAGCCCUGAAAUCCCAAUUCGGUUUCACAGAAUCGGGGUGGCCCGCUGGUCAAACAGCAGUUUGUGAAGAAUUCUGGGGUGGCCCGUUAUUAUAUGUACCAACACAACCGCUGCCAUUGAGAAGAAGAUGCCUCGUGCAGAGCGGUUUGGGAUAUCUAUGCAGCUCAUAGAAGAAGAAAAUCGCAACUCUCGGGCUGAGAGGUGAGGAAAGCACCGAGCCUGCACCAGCGUGCACCAGCUCAACUGAAGGUUGAAGGUUGCGUUCUCAUGGCAAAAAGCAAAACUGAAGGACUCUAAGCUUCCAGAAUGUCAAUUUGUAAAACUUUCGGUUGUUCUGGCAAGUUUUGUUGUAGUUGCAGGUUUGCGUUGGAUAUAGGAUAGUCAUGGAUCAGUUCAAAGCUUGGCUAAUGAUAGUUUCAGAUCUUGAUCUUACAAUGUUUGGUGUAUAAAAGUGGGUUUUGAUGUUUCGGCAGGCAUUGGGAAAAAGAAAAAACAAAGAAAUUGGUUUUCGCUCAAUGCAUAGUUAAUCUUAAAAUACAGUUUAUUAAAUUGGGUUCAUGAUAUAUGGGUGGUAGCACAUUAGCGACGUCGACUCCUGCAAGGAAGGGGCUGAUGAGAGACUUCAAGAGGCUGCAACAGGACCUGCCUGCAGGGAUUAGCGGGGUGCCCCAGGAUAACAAUAUAAUGCUGUGGAAUGCUGUUAUAUUGGGGAGAUGCAGUAAGUUGGAAAAAUGCUUAUAUUUCUUAUUUUUGGAACUCUUUAUCUCAUUGUUUCUUGAGUAGUUUUCUGGAAGGAAGAAAAGAUGGGCAUUUGUUUGAUCAUGUAUAUAAGCAUCUGAUAGUAAAUACAUACAGAGUGCUUCAUAAUUGAAAGGAAAUAGAAUGAUAUUUUCAGCUGCCAGUGCCUAAACCUCUAACAAAAUGGAAACUUUUGCCAAAACAAAAGGUUGAACAAAAAUAUCUCCAGGAUCCCCAUUUUUUAAUGGCGCUGUUAAGGUUUUUGUCAAUUGUUAUUUACGAAGGUUUUGACUGUUUGUGCUGGCACCAAAAUAAAGUUUGUAGAAGGUUGCUGACCGAUGAUAAAAGAGAAGCAUGUAGAUCAUGAAAAAUAAGAGACGGAAGUUCUGAAGUGACGACCAAGAAAGUUUAGAAGUGUAAUAUAGUUGUAAACAGGAAUGUAAACCAGGGAUGAAAAAUGUUAAUAUAAUUCUGAUUCUAGAUGACUCAUUUGCGAAUUUUAUCUGAAUUUGAAUAAUUUUUUUAUCUGGGUGUACAGUUACAUCUGUGAUUUGUUGUUUAUGUGGUAAAAAAAAAAAAGAUGGCUUUAUACUUUUUUAUGAGACUUAAUUUUGAGUUUUGAAUUUGAGUUCUCAUGCAAGAAGAAAGGCCACUUGAGUUUUGAUUUCCCCUAUAUUUUCAUUGUUUCAUUUAUACAUCUGUUGGAGGAUUGGAGGGGAUUGAGAGGCAGAUGAGUGAGAUUUCUGAUGGUUACACAGAAAUAAAUGGUCUCUCACAUAUUGAGCCAGAUUACUCUUGGUUUGGCAGCCCAAGAUUAUGCGAUGGUGCUCAAUUUGGAUUUGUUGCAUAGCUAGAAAGAUGAUCUUGCAGUAAUUGUUGAAGACAAUUAUAUGCCAAGGUAUUGAUUCUUUCGAAUCCCAGCUUAAAAAACAGUCAAAUUUAUAUAUAUUUUGCAUCAUUAUAUUUAGUUUACUUGGGUUAGGUUAAGAUUCAAGAGAACAGCCUACUACACGGGGGGAUAAAUCUUUCUUAUAGCAUGCAAGCAUGCAUAUCCAUAUAUAGCAAGCAAAGUUUCACUUUGUUGGUUCUUAGGCACUAGAUCGUCUUUCCUUUAGCUUGUAAUUAGCUGCUCAUGAAUUCUUGACAUCUUAUUUUCUUCUUCUUAUUGGGGUGUUUUACAGCCCCGUAGAAUUUUUCAAGGAGCUUCCUCAAUUUGUUGUCAGGCUGGUUCAAUUUUUAGUAAUAUUUAUGGUAUAGAUUGGGAAAACAAACUUGAGGUAUUAAUUUUUCAGAGAUAGUUUACACUUGAAAUUAGCCGUGUUUUUAUGUCUUCUUUAUACUUGAAAUUAGCCGUGUUUUUAUGUCUUCCAACAUUCUCUUCUUGGAGUUAAUCAGUCCUGUGCUCAUGAUUUGAGUUCUUAAUUUUUCACGCAAAAGAGUUGCAGGCAAAUGUUUUGUAUUUGAGCCUGUUACGAGAGAGUUUUUUCUUUUGCGAAUUGUGAAUACAUUUUUGCAAUUGCAUUCCCCUCCCUCCAUCCUCCAUGGUAUUCUUUUUUUUUUUUUUUUUCAGUCAAUCAGAGCAGACCGCACAUAUUUCAUCUAAUUACAAUACUCCUAAUAACCUAAUCAUCUACCUUCAAAACAUUGGAUGAGAAGUCGUACUCAGUGCACAAGGCUCCCGCUUUACGCAGGGUCUGGGAGAGGUGAAUGUCGGCUAGCCUUACCCCCAUUUAUGGAGAGGCUGCUAAUUUUAAUUUUGGCUUUUAAAUUUGGGUUUUGGUUUUUAAUAUUUAUAUUUUUGUCCAAAUUUGAUGGUAUGAAAGGGUUCGAUGAUUUCUGAUUGUAUAAAAAAGUUGUGUGGUUCAAAAGAUGAUAGCAUUUUGUGAAUUAGGAAGCAGUUGCUAAGUGAGGAUUCUCCGUUUCCCUUUGGAUAGAAAAUAAUUAAGUGAAAAUGCAUUGAUUUGGUUUUAAUUUUCCUGAUUUCUUCAACAUGUGUAUUAAACUAAAGUGAAAUGCUUAUUUCGGCGUAUGUAUAUUAAACUCAACUAAAUGGAAAUGUUCAUUACAUUGCAUGUGGUGUGUACCUUGUGUUUUACAGACCUAUGCUUUCUGUGCUAAUUUUUUAUUGUUGUUGGUGUAAAUAUUUAUAUUAAGUACUAGCAAACAUAGUGUUUUUUUGCUCUUGCAAGGGAAUUGUCUUUUUUCCCCGGUACUUUUACAAGGAUUUAGAAUGGGAGUAAGUGUGUUGCAAAUUGCUCUGUUCAAUAGAAAUAUGGACAUGCAUGAUGGAACCGAUCACAUAUUUGGACCCUAUUCUUGGAAGAUGAUUGCAUUAUUAAAUAAACUGCAUAUAAUUGGUUUAGAAUGUAGACAGUUUUGAUUACAGUGCUGGGAUUCAACUUUCCUUUGGAUAAGUUCAUACCACUUCAGGCAAGUACUUAAUUUAAUUAAACUAAUUAGGGGAGUAUGAAGUCGAGUUCGUUUUUCUGUUUCUUUAGUUCUUGCCAUGAUAAUCUAUUAUUUUACUUUUUCACUCUAUUUUACAGAUUUGUUCGAAAUCUUUCAGGAAGAAAGAAUGAGGCGGUUAAAGCGCAAAAUGAAAGUUUACUUUUAUGCUGCUAGGCUGGAUUACCAGGCACAGUUGAGGGAGGUGACAUUGCAGGAAGAGAAUGCUGUAUAUGAAAGCACAAUAUCGUGUGAAAAUAAAAUACAGGAGAAAAUUCAAGAAGAAGAUUUGCUGAAGAGGAAGUUAAUGGAGAUGGAAUGGAAGAGAAUGAAAGGAAUUUGAGAUAAUACUUUAGUCUAAAGAAGGAUCUCAAAUUGCACUGUUCAAAUGAAUAGUGUUUGGGUCCGAAUUUCAUUUUAUUAACAGCCAUACCAUUGCUUUAAUGAAUGGGCUUUGUGGGUUUGGGCUCCGGGUGGGGUUUGUUUUGGUUGGCUAGAAUUGCUUUCAAGGGUGACCUGCAGAUUGGAGAGAGAGAGGAGGGCUGCGAAUUUUGACUCGGGAAGAGAUGGAUGUGCUUUGGUCAGAGCGUCAUUGGGGGGAGGAGGACAGAGGGACUGACAGAUUGGAGAGAGAUGGGAGCUAGGGGUUUCAACUCAGUGAGGGAGACAUUUAGCUGGGUCCUCUGCCAGGACCUAUGGGAUUUCCUCCGAUUUUGUCGGGUUAGCCAGUCAGGAAGGGGUUACUGAGGGAGGUAUGGGAGAGUUUGUUUUUUCGGUUUCCUCCCUUGAUUCAAAAGGACUUCUUUACUGUUUACAAGUCAACCCCACCAUACCAAAGUACAAGACAAGCGAAGAUUUGAUGAAUUUCAAUUGUUGGAGAGAAGUUGGUUCCUUGGCAUUUUCAGUUAAGACUCGUGCAUUCAAGUCCUGUAGCAAAGCGCGGGCAUAUUUUUGAGCGUAAACUAUUUGUAAGAUAGAAUAUAUCUCCUACUGUAGUCCUGCUAAACCAUGGAAACAACUUACGUACCUAACACGGUAUUCCCCGGCCCUACGCCUAUCUCAGUUCACACCUACUCCAUCAGAAAGACUUCAAAGGAAGCAAGUCAAGCCAACAAAAUAUCUCCCGUGGAAGAUUUAUCCCCGACAUUAAAGGCAGAUCCUUGUCUAAUUCAUUUCUGCAAUGUUUUAAUAUCACUGGUUACAGUUAAAAGAAAACGACCCAAGACUUCAAAAGUCUGCAAGUCAAAAAGACUCCAAAGGGACAAAAACAAUUUAAGGCCACCACACCAAUCCUUGAGUUCAUCAAACACUUUCCUUACUCGGCUAGCAAAAAUGAAAACUUUACAAUCUUUUGGCCUCCUAUUCUUCUUCACUAUCUGUCAUAUUGUCACAACUGGAGUCUACAGCCAGUGUCUUAAAGACCAGCAACUGUCAUUGCUCCAUUUGAAGAACAACCUCACAUUUGAUGAUCUUGGUUCUCUGGUUUCCUCCCAGUUUGUAUCGUGGGAUUCAAGUACAGACUGUUGUUCUUGGAUCGGUGUUACUUGCAGUAGCAACGGGAGUGUUGUUGGUCUCGACAUUAGCAGCCAACACAUCUCGGGUGGCAUUGACAGCUCCAGCAGUCUCUUCGAUCUUCAGCAUCUUCAAAGCCUCAACUUGGCCGAUAACUCUUUUGUCGAAGGCUCCCGCAUUCCAUCUGCAAUUGGAAAGCUGACAAACUUGAGGUAUCUAAAUUUUUCAGAUAAUCAUUAUUUCGGGAAAAUUCCCUUUGAGAUUUCACGCUUGACAAGGUUGGAGAUCCUUGAUAUUUCUCAAAGUUCCUAUAAUGGGGACCGCAAGCCACUUGAAAUCUCGAAGUUCAGCAUGCUCUUUCAGAACCUCUCAAACCUGACGGUGUUGAACUUGGACGGAAACAAUAUCUCUGCUCCGGUUCCAGGAUUCUUUGCCAAUUUUUCAAAGUUGACUACCUUGAAUCUAAGUGAUUGUGGGUUACGAGGAACAUUUCCGAAGCAGAUCUUUCAGGUACCUACUCUACAAACUAUUGACCUUUCCUUGAAUACGGAACUUCGUGGUUCCUUGCCAGAAUUUCCCAAGAAUGGAUCUCUUCGAUCCUUGAUUUUAAGCGGGACAAGCUUUUCAGGGUUAUUGCCCGACUCAAUUGGCAACCUCAACAUGUUGUUCACACUAGACCUUUCCGAAUGUAAUUUCACUGGAUCAAUCCCGAAGUCAAUUGGAAAUCUAACGAAAUUGGUUGAUUUGGACGCGUCAUCAAACAUGUUUAAUGGUCCAAUUAGUUCUAUUCACUGGGAAAACCUUAUUAAUCUGGUACAUCUCUCUUUGUACGACAAUCAUCUGGUGGGGAGCAUUCGGUCAUCUCUAUUUUCUCUUCCCUUGUUGCCGUACUUAUUACUUUCUGAUAAUAAUUUCUCUGGGCAACUCCCUGAAACUUUUAACGUCUCUUCUAGUUUUCUUACUUCCAUUGAUUUGAGUUUCAAUCAUUUGGAAGGACCAGUUCCCAUGUCUAUCUUCAAUAUUCGAGGGCUUGAAACCCUCACUCUUUCUUCAAACAAUUUCAGUGCCUUUCCUUUUAAUUGUCCUCAGCUGCCAAAUCUGACGGAGAUUGAUCUUUCACACAAUAGCUUGAGAACAUUCCCAGUUUUCUUAAGAAAUCAAACCUAUUUAACAAAGUUGGAUCUUUCGGAAAACCAAAUUCAAGGCCAGCUACCCAAUUGGAUAUGGAAGCUCGAUUCUCUUGAUUACCUAAAUGUUUCUCAUAAUGCCUUGGAAAGUCUCGAAGGUCCUUUCAUCAACCCCACAUCUUCUAUGUCUAGGCUUGACCUUCAUUCAAACCAGCUUAAGGGGCCAAUUUUAAUUGUCCCACCAAAUGCCGAAUAUCUGGAUUACUCAAAGAAUCAUUUCAGUUCUAGUAUUCCAGUAUCAAUAUGCUAUGCAACAAGUCUUCUCGCUCUUGAUUUGUCCAGUAAUUCUCUGAGUGGUGAGAUUCCCCAGUGCUUGGCUGCAAUGAGCAGACUCGUGAUACUUAAUGUCAGGAAAAACAACAUUACUGGAAUGAUUUCUAAUCUUGAAUUUCCUGAAAAUUGUGAGUCAUUACAAGCUCUAGACCUCAGCCAAAAUCAGAUUGAAGGUCAAUUUCCAAAGUCUCUAGCCAGGUGCAGAUGGUUAAAAUUUUUAAACCUUGCAGAGAAUCAGAUAACAGACACCUUCCCAUGCUUGUUAAAGAACAUCUCUGACUUGAGGGUUCUUGCUUUGCGGUCCAACAAUUUCUAUGGGGGCAUUGGAUGUCCAGUAGUGAAGACCAAUGCCACCUGGUCAGCUCUUCAAAUCAUAGACUUAGCUUACAACAAUUUCAAUGGUGAAGUACCAGGAUUCCCUCUGACAACAUGGCAAGCAAUGAAGGGUAACAGAGAUAUUAGUGAUUCUAACUAUAUAGAGUUAUCUUCUCUUGGGCAUGGGCAUAUAUCCACUUCUACGAGUGCGGCUCUAAAUCCUAAUGAACCUGCGUACGGUGAUCGCGCAGUGUUUACAUUUUCUUAUGAGCCUGCUAUAACGAUUACAAGCAAAGGUUUAAAGUGGGAUCUGGCAAAGAUUAUAAGUGUCUUGACCUUGAUUGACUUCUCAUGCAACAAUUUCAGUGGGUCAAUUCCCAAGGAAAUGGGAGCUCUGAAAUCUUUAUAUUUUCUCAACUUGUCGAGUAAUGCUUUCACAGGUGAAAUCCCAUCGUCAUUUGGUAACAUGCGACAACUCGAGUCCUUGGACCUGUCACAUAACAAGCUGAGCGGGCAAAUCCCACAACAGCUGGCAAAUCUUAGUUUCCUUGCAUUCCUGAAUCUCUCGAAUAAUCAACUUGUCGGCAAGAUCCCAGCUGGUACUCAAAUUUCAACAUUUCCAAGAGACUCAUUUACGGGGAACAAAAGGUUAUGGGGGCCUCCGCUGACGGUGGAUAAUAAAGCAGGACUGUCACCACCACCAUUAAAUGGAAGCCGUCCAAAUUCUACAAAUGAGAUUGAUUGGGAUCUUAUUAGUGUCGAAAUUGGAUUUGUAUUUGGCUUUGCAGUUGCUGUUGGGUCACUUGUGUUCUUCAAGAGAUGGAGUAAAUGGUAUUACAGGGCUAUGUAUAAAAUCCUUGUGAGGAUAUUCCCUCAGCUUGAAGAAAGAAUUGGUCCUCAUCGAAGACAUGUUCACAUAAAUCAGAGGUGGAGACGUUGAAAUGUUUAUGAGGAGCAAGCAGCUGGACUCCAUGUUGUGCCUAGGGUAAGAUCCAACAAAUAAAGUACGGUUUCACAUUUUGAUAUAUAACUUGUGUUGUAAUUAGGUUUGGAAGUUAUUUUGUAUCUUUCUGCAUUAUGGUUAAUAAAUUUUCCUUGUAUUAUCGAGGUUUCUUAAAAAACGAAAAGAACAAGCCUACUAACCAUGCCUUAUGCGCACAUUUCGAAUUCCAUUUUAACACUUUUCUAGGAUGGACACUCAAACACAUGAGCAAGGAAAAAGGGUUAUCAUGUUGUUUGAAUUUGUGAUGCAUUAUAUCUUUUAUCUGUUGGUUUUGCACCCUUUUUUCUACCCUGUCUAGUUUGCUUUCUUUGGAUAUCGAAAUCAGUCGAGAUCAAGAGUCAACAAGGAAAUGGAUACACAUACGAAAUCAGUAUUGAAUCAAACAAUUUUAAUUAUUUAUAAUUCUUUUGUUUGUUCUCCCUUGUUUUGGCUUUGGUUUGUGAGAAAAUUAGCUCUUUUCUGUUGUGUGUUUGUACACAGUCUUUGAUUUUAAAUGUUUGCUCUGUUUUUCA